AUGCAGAGGAGGAAGCUGCCAGAGGCGCUUCACGGCAGCCCACUACCAAGCCCUUCCUUUCUGAGCCCCAGGGCAGGGCAAACCCUGGCAGUGACCCUCCUGUUCUGCGAGCUCUUCCAGUCUCCAUUAGCCCUGGUCCCGCUCUUGUCUGCCCUCCGUUCCUUUGACUUUCCUGUUGAUGGCACAGCAGACCCCGGAGUCCUGGCUGCCAUGCGGAAGAGACCCAAGCCGGCAGUGCUGAAAAUCUUGGCCACGAUCCAGGCCCUGGCCCUGCUUGCCUUCUUUGCUCAGCUUUGCAGCAGGAAGAGUUCGCAGGUGGAGAAGCCGGCCCAGGCGCACGUCCUCAUCCUGUCGUCUUGGAGGUCGGGGUCUUCCUUCGUGGGGCAGCUCUUCAGCCAGCACCCCGACGUCUUCUACUUGAUGGAGCCCGCCUGGCACGUGUGGGCAGCCAUGCAGCAAAACAGUGCGCGGGUCUUGCGCAUGGCCGUGCGGGAUCUCGUUCACUCCGUCUUCCAUUGCGACAUGUCCGUCUUUGAUGCCUACAUGCCGGAGCGCAGGAAUAAGUCUGCCCUCUUCCGGUGGGAGGACAGCCGGGCGUUGUGCUCCCCGCCGGCCUGUAACUCCUUCCGGCGCAGUGACAUCGUCUCCACGGACGCCUGCAGGACCCUCUGUGGCAAGUACCCUUUCAGCAAAGUGGAGGAGGCCUGCAAGACCUACAGCCACGUGGUCCUGAAGGAAGUCCGCUUCUUUGACCUCAAGGUGCUCCAUCCUCUCCUCACCGACCCCUCCCUGAACCUCAAAAUCAUCCACUUGGUUCGUGACCCCCGAGCUGUUUUCCGCUCCCGCAAGAACACAGCAGCUGAACUGGCCCAUGACGGUACGAUUGUGCUGAGGCACCAGAGCCGUGCCACAGAGAUGCAGGAGCCCUACGCCGUCAUGCGGGAUAUCUGCAGAAGCCAUACGGAGAUUUACGCAGGAGGCACGCUGGGCCUGCCGGCCAGCCUCCGACAUCGCUACCUGCUGGUCCGCUACGAAGACAUCGUGAACAAUCCUGUGGCUGAGGCCGCCCGGCUCUACCACUUUGCUGGACUCCGCUUCGUGCCCAGCCUCCGCGCCUGGGUGCACAACAUCACCCACGGGCCAGGCCUAGGCAGGCGGGCCUUUGACACUGGCCCCAGGGAUGCGCUCCACGUCUCACAGGCUUGGAGGAAGACCCUUCCCUAUCUCCACGUAGCAAAGCUGCAAGACGUCUGCAAGGACGCCAUGAAGCUCCUGGGCUAUCAGCUGGUGACGUCUGAGGAAGAACAGAAGAACAUGGCACUGGACCUCUUGCAUCCCAUCCACCCUUGCGCUGCUGCUACAAUGAGUAGUGCAAUCACUUCCACCCUUGAAAAAUGGGAGAAAGAAACCAAAGUUUUCAGUUCUGAGGCCCCCGUGGCUUGCCCCAGCUGA